AACUACUGUCAAAAUUAUUUCUUACAAAUGGCGGAUGUUUGUUUUUUUAACCGCGUUCCAUAGUAAAUUAUAAAUCAUUUUUUCUAUCCAUCCAUAAAUAAUCCUCAUCCGCAUUGAGAUUCAUUCAACACCUAGUUUUAUAUUAAAUAACAUUUGUUUUAUAAGAAUUGCAUAACCCAUCACAUCCAUAGCUAAAACUAUGUCUGUUACCAAUGCAACACAAUGGCUCAACUUUUUCAAAGCAGCUGGUGUUCCAGGUGGGUCAGCUGGAAUGUAUGCACAUUUAUUCGUAGUGAAUCGCAUUCAAUUAGAUAUGCUGACAGAUUUAAACAAGGAAUACCUGCGAGAGAUGGGAAUCACACUGAUGGGUGAUAUUAUAGCCAUUCUGAGGCAUUCCAAACAUGUGAGUGAGCAAACAGCUCGAGAGAAAGUCCUCAGUUCAGAGAAUCCCUUGCCAGUGGCGACUGUAGUCGCAAAUCCCAUUGCUCGAGAUGUAAAGACCAUAGAAAAUAACAAAAAUCAUAAAUCGACAUUAUCAACCAAUUCAGUACUUCCCCUGCCCAAAGUUCCACGACGAGUUUUGCCAGAACACGAAGGUAAAUACAAAAUCAAAUUGCCCUCUGGCACAACUGAACGUAGCAAAGAGAUACUCGCCAAGAAAGCGAUGCUCUAUUCGGACAAAGAAACUACAGUGAAACCCCGAGUCUUUGAACGCCUUUCCCGGAGCACGCACAACAUUGAGUUCGAAGACCUGACUAAACCAAACAAGAAAAAACCUUUGAUCGAUCAAAAGAUUAGAAUCACAGGAGUUGGAAGCAAACCCUUCACCGCGUCAUCGUCGUCGUCGAUAUUCUCCCGCCUAGGAGGCAAAUCAGACCCUGAUAUAAUUGAGGUUCCGUCUUCGGAUCAGCAAAUUAAGCCAAUCCUCAAAAAGUCGUCAAAAUCUAGUUCCUCUGGCGUAGUCAAAUCCAUCUCAAAGUCUUCAUCGUCUUCACAGAAAGUACUCCUGGUUAAGAAAGUUCCCAUCAAAUUAGAUUCAGAUAACUCCUAUGACUCGGACGAUGAUAUGAGAAUGGACACAAGCGGCGACAAGAUUGUGUCGUUUGCAUCCGAAGCUGAGGUUCGUGAGAUUGCCCCUCGUGUGGUUAGCAUCAAGGGAAAGUCCAAAAACCGAUUGACUACUACAUCCAACAUAAAGUCUCGAAUGGGUUCUGGGAUGCAUGCCGAUAGAAUCCAUCGCACCGCCAAACCCGUCAAACUGAAACUAUCCCCGCAGCAGAACAAAAUUAGUCCCAAUAAAGCUCAAGCAAUUCGUAUGAAAUCCGACGAACUCCUCAGAUCAGAAAAACCAGUCUACAGCCGAUUGGGAACCAAUCCCGUAGGCAGUGGGCUUUCAAAACUAGCAAAUCGCAUUGGGCGAGUUAGCCUGGCGAGUAGUUCUAAAUCAGCAAAUUCAACAGCGACCGGUUCCUCCUCUCCAUUGCCACGUAAAAAGACUCCGAGUAAUAAAAGUGGAAGUGUUUUCGAGAGAUUAGGAUUUGCCCGUUAGACUUUUGAAGACUAAUCUAUUCGAAGAGCUCAUCUAGGUCAUUAGUUUUACUUAAAUUUUCACCAGAGGAGUACCUUGACUUCGUAAUAAAAUUGCAGAUGAUUUAGAGAUGGACGAGAUGUGAAGAAAAAGAAGGAAUAUUUGAAAACCAGAUUGUAUCAAUGUUUGACUAAAAAUAAUGCUUUUUUGUGACUACGAAGUAGUAAAACGUAAAUAAUUAAGUUAAAUAAAUAAUUAUAAUUCAUCUAA